AAAUGCAUUGUGGGUGAGACGGAAGACCGUUGUUUACCAUGGCGACCAGGACGCUCCCGCUUGUCGUUAACGCGAAUGGCGUGCACAUCACAUUCUUUCUUUUACUAUACGUAGAUCUGCUUCGCUGCCAGCAGUUCAUCAUCCCGUACAAGUCUCCGUCGGAUUGUGGGGUUGACGAAUUUUUUGAUAUCUCGAGUCUGUCGUGUGCAAAGUGCGGUUCAAAUCAGCAGCGGAGCACAACAGGACUGAGCUGUAUUUGCAAAGCUGGUUUCCAAACCCUUACUACUGAUAAGGCGUCCAUUACUUGUCAGCAGUGUCCCACUGACAAGCCGGCAGUAACUAAAGAUGGAUUCGGAUGCAUUCGCUGUCCUGGCAGUCUCAAUGAUGCGGGCAUGUGUCAGUGUCCACCAGGCAGUAUCCUGGUGGAAAAAGAUAACAAUGGAACGCUGUUGGAUGAGGCACAGUGUGAUAUUUGUAAUGGAAAUAGCCCUGCUUUUUCUGUACCAAACAGUGUUGGAGACAGGUGUGUGAGAUGUCAGGCUUCCUUUAUAACCACAUCCUGUGAGUGUAACCCUCCUAAUGUCCUGGGAGGAGGUCUGUGUUUCCCUUCAGGCACAAUGUCCACUAAUGUGAAUCCCAGUGUCAGCUAUGCUCAGUUGACAUUCAGCGUCCAGUCUGCCUGGUUUGUGAACUACCUGUACUCCUCAUCAGCAGCGUGCCUUGUCUACUCCAACUUGACAGCGUGCCAGGCUCUUGGGAACAUGUGUGUGAUGAACAUGCACUCAUUCAGCAGCCAAUCCACUGAUGCUUGUGGUCUCUUUAACACCAUCUUCAGAUCAAUGGCUGCUGCAAGCUCAACACAAGACAUAUCCUACUGGAGAGCUAAUCUUCCAUGGCUUUACUAUGGUGAAGAACCAGGGCUGGCCAGUCGAGUGCUUCAGACUAGUCCGGUUCCUGUUGGAUUCAGUUUUAGAGGAACGAACAAAAACACUGACAUUAAGCUGGUUGCUGCUGUUUAUAAUGUCAGAGGAGAGUUUCUCAGAUGGGAAAAAGUAGGAGGAGGUAACCUCCAGCUAUGUCCAGAGACAGCCACCAGACAGGCAGCAGCCUUCAGCUUUGGAACAGCUUAUCACGAAAGUUGUGUUUUCUCAGUAGCACAGCUUUUGGACGCACAUCCUGAACCAUUCUUCUACGAUGUGUUUAUGGACCUUGGUGGAGAAAAGAACAGAAAACUUCUUCCCCUGCCCACACUAGUCUAUAACCAACAAUACAAUGGACGAUUCAUCAAUCAAGAGGCCAUGAAGGACUGGUACCUGUCUCGUCGGAUGUUUCUUGUUGACACAUUGAGUGGAAGAGAGAAGACCCUGAGUUCCCAGCCCAGGGUCAUCCGUGUGGCCACCAGUAUCAAAAUUAGGUUCCUGUUGGUUCCACGAACCCGUGAGGGACAGGUAUUUCCCCCUUUAAUAAUCGUGACCUACACCGAUGUCCCCAUCACAGAUCUAAAUACUCAAACUGUGUCUACCACAUUUGCUGUGGAGUAUGAGAUGGAUCAGAGUGAGGCUCGCGUAAAGACUGAUACUGCUCUAGGGGUCCUGGGUGGUGUGGCUGUACUGUACUCGCUACUGAAAACAAUUAGCUGGAAGAGGAGAAUUUCCUCUUCGAUCAUUGAUUUGGAGACUAUGCUGAAGUUUUUCCUGUUUUAUGCUGGAGAUCUGGCCAAUGUUUUCUUUGCUGUCACUGUUGGAACUGGACUUUACUGGCUCAUUUUUUACAAGGCCCAACAGUUUGUAUCAGUGCUGUUACCACUAUCUGCUCAGGAGGAGCAGUUUGUGACAUACAUCGGUUGUGCCUUUGCUCUCAAGGCUGUUCAGUUUCUCCACAAGCUUAUCCUUCAGGUGUCAGUUGAUGUGUUCCUUAUUGACUGGGAGAGGCCGCGGAGCAAAGCUAGCAGGCCUGUGCAAACCACAGGUGAGUCAAAACGUGACCCUUCUCCUGUCAGCAUCUGGAGGACGUACUUUGUGGCCAAUGAAUGGAACGAGAUCCAGACCAUCCGCAAGAUCAACCCAACAUUUCAGAUCAUGGCCGUGCUCUUUUUCCUUGAAGUGUUAGGUUUCUCUAAACUGGCCCUGAGGGAUCCCUGGUCAACUUUACAACGCUCCUCACAGGAGUACACGCCUUCAUACAGCCUGACGCUGCGGUAUGGACUAGCAGCCACUCUCUGGUUGUGUAUUGGACUUUUACAGGUGAUGUUCUUCACUGUGUUUUAUGAGCACUUUGUGGAGGACAAAAUCCGCCAAUUUGUUGACCUCUGCUCCAUCAGCAAUAUUUCCGUGCUGCUGCUUUCACACCGCUGUUUUGGUUAUUACAUCCACGGGCGUUCAGUACAUGGCCAUGCAGAUACAAACAUGGAGGAAAUGAACAGCAAUCUGAAGAGAGAAGCUGAGUCUCUGUGUGGUCAGCGAGGGCUGCUUCCCAACACAGAUGUCCAGACUUUUCAGGUGUCACUUACUGGUCGUCUGCGAUCACAAUAUGAUCGGAUUCGAGAUCCUCUUAGGAGGAACAUUCCCUCAAGACUGAUGGAUUCAUCUGUGGCGAAUGGAUUUGAGCAGAACAUCAGAGCCUACUACACCAUGAACCACUUCCUUGGAUCUGUUAUAGAUCAUGCCCACGCUGACAUGGACUAUAUAGUAAAGGACAAGCUGGUGUUUGAGAGGGUCAUAGGAAUGGAGUUCCUUGAACCUGCUGACAAAAGCAUCUUUUAUAAUGAUCCUGCCCACUCAUUUAGUGAUGUCCUUUUCUAUGGAAAUGAGGCCAUGUUACUCAUCUUUGACACUUUGUUUUUCUGUGUCGUUGACCUCGGCUCUCAGAGCUUUGUACUAGCUGCUGUGCUUACAUACGUGCAGCAAAUGAUGUUCCGCUUGAUCCGUAACAUUCUUGGAAGGAGGAACCUUGUUAACAAGACUCUGGUGGAUGACAGGUUUCUGAUAUAAUGAUUAGGUAACUGAUUAUGUCUGUUGUUUUAUGGCAUUUCUUUUAAGGAUGUUUACUAUUUGCAGCUUGCGCAGCUUUGUUUUUUACGUUUCCUUACGUAUACAACAUUUCCAUUGUUGUUCUAUGAUGUAAAUAUAUUUUUAUAAUGUCAAUGUUUUUACUGAUUAAAAUUAUGUUUUCA